AUGGCCAUGGGCAUUGGUCAUGUUGUCACGAGCUCUCCUCAGAAGCCUUCCCUUGAUAAAAUUCGGUGUGUUCGUGCUGAUUUUACUGAUGAAAAUGUAAAUGAUGCGUGGAUUUGGGGCCCGACGAAGGAGAUCAAUGCAAAUGGGUUCAAUGUUUAUGCCUCAAAACCAACAAAAAUUGGGACACAAGAUUUAAGUGUCUCUGCAGGUACAUUUAUAGCCCAAAAUGGUAAAAUUGCUUCUCUUCCUUGUUUGAAGAAUGUCAAACAAAAUUUAACUGCUAUGCCUAAUCUAAGCCAAAUUCAGGCAUUGAUUCAAGUUUACUCUCCAUGGAUUUACCUCCACCCUGAUGAACAAUACCUUCCCUCUUCUGUAAGCUGGUUUUUCAAAAAUGGGGCAUUGCUUUAUCGAAAAGGCCAAGAAUCGAACCCAGUUUCCAUUGACCCUACAGGCUCAAGUCUUCCCCAAGGUGGUUCAAAUGAUGGUGCUUAUUGGUUAGACCUCCCAAUUGAAGCAUCAGCCAAAGAGAGAGUUAAAAAGGGAGAUCUUCAAGAUGCUGGGGUCUAUAUGCACAUAAAACCUGUACUAGGUGCAACAUUCACAGACAUAGCUACAUGGGUAUUUUACCCUUUUAAUGGGCCAGCAAGGGCAAAAGUAGAAUUCAUUAAUAUUUCCUUAGGAAAAAUAGGUGAACAUGUAGGUGAUUGGGAACAUGUGACAUUAAGGAUCAGCAAUUUCAAUGGGGAGCUAAAAAGUGUCUAUUUUUCACAGCAUAGUAAGGGAAUAUGGGUGAGUGCCUCAGAGCUUGAGUUCCAAAAUGGUAACAAACCGGUGACUUAUGCAUCGUUGCAUGGCCAUGCCUUUUACCCCAAACCAGGGCUGGUUUUGCAGGGCAAUGGAGCGAUAGGGAUAAGGAAUGAUACCGCGAAAAGCAAGAUGGAGAUGGACACUGGGGUGAGGCAUUUGGUGAUUGCUGCAGAGCACUUGGGAUCAGAGAUUGUUGAGCCACCAUGGUUAAACUAUGCUAGAGAAUGGGGACCAAAGAUAAGCUAUAACAUUGAUGAACAGAUCAAGAAGGUGGAGAAACUGUUGCCUGGGAAGCUUAAAACCGCAUUUGAGAAGUUGGUGAAGAGUCUUCCUGACGAGGUGUUGGGUGAGGAAGGGCCUACUGGCCCCAAAUGGAAAGCUAAUUGGAGUGGGGAUGAGAGGGUCUGA